UACUCCUCCAAGGCUGUUCAGUCGUAUGAUUUCCGACGGCUAAAAUCUUGAAAAAAUUUGUGGCAGAAAUCACAGCAACAUAGAAUGUGGCCAUUUAAUAUGAUGUAUCCACAAACAAAAUUACCUUGCACUGAGCACAGGCAUGUUAUGCAUGUGUAAGUUAUGUAUGGAUACCGAAUCGUGAGACCUAAAUAUGUAGAAGGUGGCAGGAAUUGAUGGGACUCAGAAACACCCCCACAAUUUAAUCAAUUGUUCCUUGUAUUAUUUCUGACGGAUAAGUCCCGAUAAGUCUACAGCAGUGGAUUUGUAGUAGGAUCACAAUCAUGUGAUCGUCAGCAGGCAGCUGAUGUAGUGUUCACUUCUUGUCAUAGUUACAGUGACGCCGUGCUGCUAUCUCACAAUGAUACAGAAAUCUUCAACAAAUCCAUGGAUCCAGACUUUAAGCCGCAUCACUGCCAAAAUCUAAUCAAGUUGUCCUUGUGUCAUUUCUGACCUUCCCUGAAAAUCUCAUCCAAAUCCGUUAUUCCAUUUUUGAGUAAUGUUGCUAACAGAUAGACAAACAGACAGACAGACAAACGUGCGUCGAUCGUCAUAUAACUCUGCCGUUCCUUUGUGGAGUAUUAAGCAUAGACUAGUGUGAUUAGAAGCAGUUAAUGAUGAUAUAUAUCAAUACAAGCAUUAAGAGUGGAAUAGAUGGAUAUAGAUUGAAAUAAACCAAAAAAAUGUUCAUUUUGAAUAAAGUAUUUGCACUAAAAAAGUUUUAAAAACAAAGUUUUUGUCUACGUUUAAAAUUCUCUGUAUUUUUUGAUCCUUUGGAGGCCAGUCAAGUGGCUCAGAGCAUCAUGGCCAAAAUAAACAACCUUGAACAUUUUGAUUCACCUUUUAGUAAACAGCUAAAAGAGAAAAACUGGAGAGUCUGAAAGAUCUUCAUCGUUUAUAAGUUAACAGUUUGAGAAACAGCCUGGUGCAUGAACAUGUAGCUGCUAAAAUCAAUGCAGAAGCUCACAGACGAAAAUAGCAGCAGAAUUCUGCAUCAAACGUAGCUGAAUUAAAGGGCUGAGUUGUAUGAAUUGAAAAAAGCAUGCAUUAGUCUCUGUUGCUCAGAUUAAUAUCUCUAUAUACAGAUAUAUAACAGGCUUUCACUUUACCUAAAGCUUCAGCCUGCUGUUCAGUUUGUCCAAUUAAACCUGUUAGCUUUGUGAAAAACGUCAUCAAGGUCAACAUCACAUAUAAUAGACUCGGUAAAGAUUUCUGUCAGCCUUUAUCACGACUUUCUCCAACAUCAAUGAUAGCAUUACGUGGUCAAGUCAGCUGCAGUUUUUGGAGUGUCGAGGAAAAUUGCUCUCAUUGUUGAACUUAAAUUAACACUUUGCAGCAUCUUUGGAAGAUUUAAUAUCGGAAAAAAUACAGAAAAUAGCAGUUAAUUGAGUUUCUCCAUGGCAACAGGAAGAGAGAUGACAUCUUAUCUAUAACAUGACAGUGAACACAACACAACACAAAGCAGCUUCUUCUUAUAGCACCAUUUAUCUGAAGACCUGACACCUCUGUUUAUAGGCACUGGUCAGCCUUAGUCAACCCUGAACAUAUAAGCAGUUUAUUUCUGUGAAAAUGAAUGAACAUGUAAGCAACAAAUCAAUAGAUAGAUAGAUAUUAAUAGAUCAGAUUUGACCUGAUCUAACAGCUGAUGUUUUGAAUGGUUCCUCAACAACAUGACGUUUGAUAGAAACACUCCAUUUUAGUUGAAAUGUGGAGAUUUUGAUUUCAUGAGUCUGAUUUUGAAGGUUUGUUUUGUUAACAGAAUACAUGCUGUGUAGUGAGACAAAAUACACAUCAUGAACUGCACAUAAUACCACAGCUCUAGUUUAUUAUGUAUUAAGAAUGGAUUGCUUUACCUCUAGAAGUGUUCAGUGAUGCAAAACUUUAGUUAAGUGGGUUGUGAGGAUUCCUAAAAUAACAUCUGACAUCCUGAAAUUCUGACAGACCAGUAAUAAAAGCUGUUGUCUUGCAUUUCUUUUCUCUAAAUUUCACUAUUUAUUAAUGUAUUCAGUGUGUCUUCAAGUAAAGCCACAAAUUCUCAGUUGGAUUAAGUUCUGGGCUUUGACUUGGCCACUUCAGAACAUUCACCUUGUUGUCUUUAAACCAUUUUUGUGUAGCUCUGGCUUCAUGCUGCCACCACCAUGCUUCACAUCAUGAUACUGCCACCACCAUGCUUCAUGUCAUGAUGCUGCCACCACCAUGCUUCGCAUCAUGAUGCUGCCACCACCAUGCUUAACGUCAUGAUGCUGCCACCACCAUGCUUCACAUCAUGAUACUGCCACCACCAUGCUUCGCAUCAUGAUGCUGCCACCACCAUGCUUCGCAUCAUGAUGCUGCCACCACCAUGCUUCACAUCAUGAUACUGCCACCACCAUGCUUCGCAUCAUGAUGCUGCCACCACCAUGCUUCAGUCAUGAUGCUGCCACCACCAUGCUUCGCAUCAUGAUGCUGCCACCACCAUGCUUAACGUCAUGAUGCUGCCACCACCAUGCUUCACAUCAUGAUACUGCCACCACCAUGCUUCGCAUCAUGAUGCUGCCACCACCAUGCUUCGCAUCAUGAUGCUGCCACCACCAUGCUUCACAUCAUGAUACUGCCACCACCAUGCUUCGCAUCAUGAUGCUGCCACCACCAUGCUUCAGUCAUGAUGCUGCCACCACCAUGCUUCACGUCAUGAUGCUGCCACCACCAUGCUUCGCGUCAUGAUGCUGCCACCACCAUGCUUAAUGUCAUGAUGCUGCCACCACCAUGCUUAACGUCAUGAUGCUGCCACCACAAUGCUUCGCAUCAUGAUGCUGCCGCCACCACGCUUAAUGUCAUGAUGCUGCCACCACCAUGCUUCACGUCAUGAUGCUGCCACCACCAUGCUUCACAUCAUGAUACUGCCACCACCAUGCUUUGUAUCAUGAUACUGCCACCACCAUGCUUCACAUCAUGAUGCUGCCACCACCAUGCUUCACAUCAUGAUGCUGCCACCACCGUGCUUCACGUCAUGAUGCUGCCACCACCAUGCUUAACGUCAUGAUGCUGCCACCACCAUGCUUCGCAUCAUGAUACUGCCACCACCAUGCUUCACAUCAUGAAUCUGCUACCACCCUGUUUCACAGUGGGGAUGGUAUGUUAGUGAUGUUGUUUCGUGUUCGGUGUCUGUCAAACAUAUCGUUUAGUCUGAUGGAUAAAAAGGAGACCAAAGAACCUUUUUCUAGUUGAUUUCAGUCUCCCAAAUACCUUCUGGUGAACUCUAGUUGAGAUUUAUAAUGAGCUUUUUCCAACAGUGUCUUUCUCUUUGCCGCUCUAAUGCAAAGUUCUGACUGGUGAAGAACAGGCAACAGUUUCCAUAUACAUAGUCUUGAAACUCCUUCAGAGGAAUCAUAGGUAUCUUGGUGGCCUCUCUGACUUGCCUCUUUCUUCCAACAUCACUCAAUUGCUGAGGACAACCUUCCAUUUCUUAAUGAUGGAUUUAGCUGGACUCCAAGGGAUUCUCAAUUACUUGAAUUUUCUUGUAUCUAACCCCUGACUUUUGCUUUCAAUAACGUUUUAACAGAGUUGUUUAGACUGUUCUUUAGUCUUCAUGGUGUAGUUAUAUCCAGGAGUACUAAUUUAACCUUCCAAAUACUGGCGUCUUUAUAUUACAAUCACCUGAAACACAUUCAUGGUCUCCAUUUCACUAACUGUGACUUCUCCCACCAAUUGCUGCACUUGUGUCGAAUUAGUUUAGUUACUUUAAACGGGGUGAAUAUUUAUACUACUAGUAUACUACUUAUUUUGCAAUUUAUAUUUUUAAUUGAAUGACAUUAAUUUGUAGAAAUCAGUUUUCACUUUGACAUGAGCGAGUUUUGUUUUUGGUAAAUUCUUGCCAAAAAAAAUAACAAUGAUUCAAUGUGAAAAAGUAAUAAAAAGGCUACGCUACUUUUCAUAGGCGCUGUAUUCUCGAAUAAGUCUAGUGACUACAAAAUUUGCUUUGUGUGUCAUUGACACUCGUUUCUAAAACCGUCACACUUGUGUCACAGAUCCGCCUCCCAUAAUCCUCAGUGUGUGAUGUCACCGGGUCGGUUUCAGGUCACACCAGGUGACUCAUCCUCACCGUGAGCACUAAUGAUGCAGGUCAUUUCAAGGAUGGAAAGUAUGAGGUGUAAUUGCAGUUUUUCCUUCAAACCAGGCAUCAUUUCAACAGGAAGAAAUUACAUAGGUUUCAGGUGUCAUGUACACUCACAAAGCAUAUUAUAGAGUGACUAAAGUGCUGUUCAUGUUUUAAGGCAGGAAAAAGCAAGAUAGGAAUAGAAAAUAUUUUAGAUUCAGAUUCAAGACAUUUAUUUGUCACGAACACAAUUAUGCAUAGUAUAAUGUGCAAUGAAAUGCAUUACGAUAAGUCCAAUUAGUUUCUAAAAUAAAAUAAAUAUAAUAUGCUACAAUAUUAAAAUGAAUUUGGUCUUAACUAAAGCAAACUCAAGAAAGACAAAAUCUUGGCAUGAAUUUAUGAUUAUUAUUUGUUUGUGGGAAGUUACACAGGAUUUAAUCUGACCCUGUUUUUGACUAGACUUGUGGUUAAAUGUCUUUUUAAGAUGUAUUUUUAUGCUUAUUUCAGGAAACUUUGUUUACACAAUGGCAUAUUUUUUUUGGCUUGAAUUUAGCAAAUAUCACUAUUUACCAGACAGAUUUGUGUUGUUUCCAGUGUUCCUGUCUUAUUUUAACAGGAAACGUGUUGAAUAAAAUUCAGUAUUUUAAGAAUUCCUGAUUCGUUUAAGGUUUUCUGGUCUUUGUAGAGGCAUUGUUUCCCAAAUUGAGCUGAAUUAAAAGACUAAUAUUCUAGAUUUAGCUUGUACAAUAUGUCGUGUUCAGAACUACUUUAUUUUUCAAGAUUUGAAGAACUUUUUUUCUAGUCCUGUUUCAAGAUGGAAACUAAUUUUUAGUAAUUUUAUUGCAGCUAUAUACCUCACACUACCUUAAUUAGAGCACAUUUGCUUCAUUUGUUUUCAGAAAAAAAUUUUUAAGGCAAAGUUUUAUGACCUGCACACAGAAUUGUCUUCCUAACAUCAGAGUUUUGCCUUUUUGUAACUGAAUUAACUUCAGCUUGAUAAGAUACAGCAGUAAAAUGCUACUUACACAUUGAGGCAUCAGUAAUAAUAAUAAUAAUAAUAAUAAUAAUAAUAAUAAUAAUAAUAAUAAUAAUAAUAAUAAUAAUAAUAAUAAUAAUAAAUACUAUAAUUUAUGUAUAACGCUAAGAAAAAUAGGUAGCUUCUUCAUAUUUUACUGAUAAUAAGUUUACUUAAGUGAGAAUGUGAAAAAGUUUUACAUGCAAUAUAGCAUUUUUAAAUUACACAUGUACUUAACUGUUGAAUAAAUGCUUCUUCUACCGCAGAUUUUACUGCACAGUAUAUUUAGAUAUUUUUAAAAAGUCUCUCUCUUUAUGGGUAGAUGUUGAUUCCAUCUCCUUAACUCAUAAAUUAAGAAUAAUUAGAGUAUAUUUCAUUCAAUUUUAACAUUAGAUGUCCACCUUUACAUUGAAAAGUGACAUUAAUACCAAAAAUUUAAAUAAAAACUACAGAAAAAUAACAGAAUUAGUUGUCUUGUCCACCAGCAGGGCUUAAAGCUGCAACUCUUUGUUUUGUUGCUUUCCUUUGGGCGGAACAAGAAUGCUAUUAAGUAGGUCUCUAAUGAGAUUAGUUUCUCUGCUAAACCCCACAGACCCCAAGUUACGGUUAUGUCACCAACGCGGCACAAAUUAUUAUAUAAAAAGGGUCAGUAAGAAGUUUUGCAUCACAAACACAAACAUGUCUGUAGCUACACUGCUGCCCCUGUGAGGCUGAAACGCUCAUUUUACAGCUACAAAUGGAAACAUGCUGCACUUCAGCACAUUAUAUUUGUGAUUUUUAACUGUUUUCUCCCUCCGACGUAAUGAUGUCGAAAAAACCCACUUGUUUUUGUUUCCUUGGUGAUUUACACACUUCACACAUGGACGGAUUAUGAGGUAACAGACCCCUGAGCUCUGACAUAUAAGAGGCUCCACAAGCCCCUGAGAAAUACGAGUAAAAUCCACACAGAGACAUAAAAUGAGUGUAAACUAUACUUUUUUAAAGUUAGUUUGUGAUCACUUUGUGUUUCUUUUUAAAGUUUCUUUACGUCCCAUUGUGCUAAUUUUGUGUUUUUUGGCAUUUAGUGUCUCUUUGAAGUUUCUUUGUGUGUUUCAUAUUUGUCUAAUAUCUUUUUGUCCAUCCUCUUGAUGCUAUUUUGAUGCUGUGUUUCUCUGCAAUAGUUUUGCAUCUUUGUAGUUGUUUUGUAUCUCUUUGUGGUUGUUGUGUUUCUCUUUGUGGUUGUUGUGUUUCACUUUGUAGUUGCUUUGUGUCUGUGGUUGUUUUGUUUAUCUUUGUGGUUGUUUUGUGUCUCUUUUGGUUGUUUUGUGUCUCUAUGGUUGUUUUGUGUCUCUUUGUGGCUGUUUUGUGUCUCUUUAUGGUUGUUUUGUGUCUCUUUGUGGCUGUUGUGUUUCUUUUUGUGGUUGUUGUGUUUCUCUUUGUGGUUGCUUUGUGUCUCUUUUGGUUGUUUUGUGUCUCUUUGUGGCUGUUUUGUGUCUCUUUGUGGCUGUUUUGUGUGUCUUUUGGUUGUUUUGUGUCUCUUUGUGGCUGUUUUGUGUCUCUUGGUGUUUAUUUCGUUCCUCUUUGUGGUUGUUUUGUGUUUAUUUUUGUGAUUGUUUUGUUUCUCUUUGUGGUUGUUUUGUGUUUAUUUUUGUGAUUGUUUUGUGUCUCUGUGGUUGUUUCGUUUCUCUUUGUGGUUGUUUUGUGUCUCUUUGUAAAAAGUUUACGUCUCUGAAGUUUUUUUGUGGUUGUUUCAUGUUUCUUUGUAGUUGUAUUGCAUUCCAGGAAAACAUUUUAAACGUCAAAGAUUCGUCACUAAAGCUGUAACAAUUAAUCAUUAGUUGUCAACUGCUGAAUUACCCAGCAUCUACUUUUAUCUUGGGCUUUGGGGAAACACUGAUAUUUUUCAGCAUUUUCUGAAAUUUUGUAGGCCAGAGAGCUAAUUGAUUAGUCGAGAAAAUACUACUAACUAUCUGCAAUGAAAAAUAAUCAGUAGUUGCAGUUGUCUUUUUACAUGUGGGCAUGUCAGAAGAAACAGCUACUGCUUUCACCUCUGUCACAUGCAGAGCUCUUAAAGGAAGCAUAUAACAUGUAAUAAGGCUAUAAGAAAUGCCCAUUAGAACUUCUGUGAAGCAGCUGUAACUCGUGCAUAAACAUGUAAUGACAGGUUUUUAAAUCCAUAUAAAAUACUGUAAUAAUUCCACAAAAUUAAUCUGAAAGCUUCUGAACCUCUUCGUCAUGCUGGUCCAGCUGUGAUUUGAAGAGCUCAGGCUCCUUCUGCUGGUCAGAGAUGGAAACCGCAGCUUUAAAAUCCACAGCUUGGAGUCUCUGACAUGUCAACGAACACCUCCAGUGCCAUUAUUCAACAACGUUCAGCAGAGUUUCACAGUUUCAGACCGGAUCAGCUGUGCGUCCUGUGUUAGCGGCAGCAUCUCUGCAUGGGAACAUAAUGAAUGAGCUCCAUGUGACAUCAUGACACUAUGAGCUUGUUGUUCCCACACAGAUGUGGGGAGAGUCGUCGUAUUACAGCCUCCUGUCUGCACAGAGCUGCCUUGUCCACAUGCGAAGCCAUUAUGUGUCCCAGUUUGUGCCAGUGUAACUUUCUGUCAUUAUUAUCAUGCGAGGGAUCGGACAGGGAGUGAGAGGAAAACUGUUGGUAAUUAGAUGGAAACUUUUACUCAACUCAAAAUAAUUAAAAUAUUAUUAGUGCAGGAGGAAAAUCGCACACUCAUACCUGAUUCACACAGAAAUUCCAAUUAUUUAACUAAAAAAAAGAAAUGUAAAGACACACAGAAAUAUAAAUGCAGAAAUGCUAAAUUUUGUCUAUAAUUUAAGCAAACUUUCAAUACAUAAAUAUAAACUAUUACCAUCUAUUUAAAAUAAAUAAACAGAUGCUUCUGAAUAGAAUGAUGAUGCUUGGCUAGUUGGGUAUAAAGUUGCUCCCUUUUACAUUGUUGUCAUUGUGGUUUUUUGUGUACAUUUUGAAAGAUUUUGUAUGUGGUUUUUGUAGAUUUUUUUUUCUCUCUAAUUAAAUUUUACAAAAUUGUAUUCCCAACAUCCUGUAUACAUAAAUUAUUAUCAACUUGGCCUGUGUGGGAUUUUCCGCAGGUUUUUUUUUUAAUGUUUUGAUUUGUUAGAUUUUGUGUCUGAUAAGUUGAACACAAGGGAUGAUUGGGUUUGAAAUCGGUUAAGCUAGAUUCAGAUUCAGAAAACUUUAUUUGUCCCAGGGGCAAUUAAGAAUUGAGGGAGGAUAUGGUUUAUGAGUUAUUAGUUAUUAAUAUUAACUGUUUCAAGUCAUCUACUCUACAUUUAAAUUUCUGUUGAAUACAGAGUGAAUUUUUUCACAUAUUUGAAAUAGAAACAUCUCUACUUUUGACCUACACAAGACUUGUUGAAGAGUGUUGAAGAAUUGUUGUUUUGGCACAAAUUUUUUUGACCUUGCACUAGUCUUAUUUUGUUUGUCUUGUUUUAUUUGUAUUCAUGCUACCCAUUGGUUCAGUCAGGUUCCCUCUUUUACAUCUCCUAAAGUAGCUUCAAAAUGGUUAAAGUCAUUUUAUUCCUCAAUAUCUGACAUGCAAACAGCUAAACUGGAAAUUUUAUUGGGUACACCCACAAAUCCCAUCAUGGUAUGAUCCACAGAAGAACUGUGGCAAGUUCUGCACCACCAUCUUUAACCAGUCAAAAACCAGACCCACAAUGAGGUUCACAGCCAGGUCCACCAUAAUCUAAACAAGUCCUGAACCAGUCCAAAACCUGGACCGUAACAGUCUACAACUAGGUCUGAAACAGUCUAAAACUAGUCCUAAAUCACUCCAACACCCGGUUUACAACCAGGUCCCAAAUGGUUUAGAAAAAGUCCAAAACCAAGUCCACACUGAGAUCUCAAACCUGUCCAAAACAACUUCCACAACCUGGUCCAGUGACUACCAGACCAAGUCUGAAACAAGUCCAGAGUCCUGAUCUCAACAUUCAAGUCAGCCUGGGAUUACACAAAGACACUGGGACUGACUGAAUCCACUAAAAAAGUGUAGCAAAUUCUCCAAGAAGAUCCCAAACCCAUCCAAAAUGAGGUCCAGAAAAAGAUGCAAAACCAGGUCCAAAAAUAGGUCCAUGACAAGAUACAAAACGAUUUGAAAUUAGCCCUAAACCACUGCAACAUCAGGUCUACAACCAGGUCCCAAACAGAUAAAACUAGCCUUAAAUCCGGUCAAAAGCAGGUCUACAAUGAGGUCCAUAGACAGGUCCACAUCCGAUCAAAGCAACCUAAUAAAAGGUCCUAAACCGAAAGCAGGUCCAAAACAGUCUAGCACUAGUCAAAAGCAGUCCAAAACCAAGUCCACAAUGAGAUCCAAAAGUAGCUAUAACUAGCCCAAAACCAGCCCAAAAGCAGGUACAAAACCAGACAAAAAUCCAAAUCUGAAACAAGUCCAGAGUCCUGAUCUCAACACUAUAGAGUCAGUCUGGUUUUACGUACAGACACUGAGACAGAAGGGCUAUCGCAGUCUCAAAGAUGGGCCUAAACUCCUUCAAAAUGAGAUUCAGAACCAGAUGCAAAACCAGGUCCAUGACCAGGUCCAAAAUUAGGUUUAUGACCAGGUACAAAGCAACCUAAAAUUAUCCCCAAACCACUGCAAAAUCAGAUCUAAAACCAGGUCCCAAACAGCUAAAAGUUGUUCUAAACCAGAUCAAAAGCAGAUCUACAAUGACAUCCACUGACAGAACCAGCUCUGUCUAAUAACACCCUAAUAAAAGGUCCUAAACCGAAAGGAGGUCCAAAACAGUCUAGAAUCAGUCAAAACCAGUCCAAAACCAAGUCCGCAAAUGAGAUACAAUACCAGGACCAAAAUAAAGCCCACAGCCAGGUCCAAAACAGCUUUAACUUGCCCUAAACCAGCCCAAAACAGGGUCCAAAACCAGACUAAAUUCUGAAAGAAAUUCUAGAGUCCUGAUCUCAACACUAUGGAGUCAGUCUGGUUUUACAUGAAGACACUGAGACAGAAUCCACAGAAGAACUGACACAAGUUUUCCAAGAUGGGCCUAAACCCCUCCAAAAUGAGAUCCAGAACUCGAUGCACGACCAGGUCAAUAACCAGGUCCAUAACCAGGUCCAAAACUAGGUCAAAACAGCUACAACUAGCCCUAAACCAGGCCAAAAGCAGGUCUAAAACAAAGUCCACAAUGAGUUCCACUGACAAGUCGACAUCUGUCCAAAACACCCCAAUUAUUGGUCCUAAACCAAAAAUCAGGUCCAAAACCAGACUAAAAUCCGUAUUUGAAAAAAGUCUGUAGUUCUGAUCUCACCACUGUGGAGUCAGUCUGGUUUUACAUGAAGACACUGAGACAGAAUCCAAUGAAGAACUGUGGAAAGUUCUCCGAGAUGCUGAGAAACCUUCCUGUCUUCUCCCUAAUUUCUGGAGGCAUCCUGCUUGGGAAAAAGUACCUGAAACUUUUACCUGCUUCAUGUAUCUCUGCAGUAUGUUUGUUUGUGUACUGUAUGGAUGUAUAAUCAGUUCUUCAUCUUCAUCAUCUUUGAGCAGGUCCAUCUAACCUGCUCGGUGUUUUGAUAUGUGAGAAAUGUUUCCAGCUGCCAACAUUCCUUCGCUGGAUUCCUCCCAGAAUGCAUCAGGGCCACCAGGACAGAAUGAGCCGUCCAGCUAAAAGAGAUGCAAGUAUUUUAGUGGGAGGCUGCGAGUCCUCUGCUGGCAGGCGCUUAAUGCAAUAUGCGGCCGUAAGAUGAAGUCACAAACAUUGCGACUGUAGUCUACUCCCACUCUCGGGGCAGCACAGACAGGCCAUUAUGUGGACGAGUACCAGCUGGUACCACGGGCUCCUCAUCCUCCUCUGGACUUCAUUUGUUGCUGCCUCUGAAAUCAGGAUAUGGAAGUGAAAUCGAAGAGCAAACCUGUGGACGUUCUCCUCGGAUGCAUCGUCGCCGUCUGCUUUUCUGCACUUUGUUCAGCUGAGAGACUGUGCACGGUGCCUCCUGGUCCGGUUUCAGUCCCAGAAAACAACACCGCUGACAUCCAGGUGGUAAAAAUCAUCUCUGGCAGUGAUGUGACCCUGACAGUCUCGGUGAACCCUGAAGAUCUCUUCUACCUGAAGGGGAACCUGCUGAUGGUGAAGAAAGGCCUCGACUAUGAGUCGUUGUCCAGUUCAGCUCUGGUGGUUUGGGUUCAGUGCAGCAGAUCAGGCUCCAGAUCUGUGAACGAGUCUGUUGAGGUUCUGGUUGAAAAUGUGAACGAUAACCCUCCAAACUUCGCUCAGAACCACUACGUUCUGGACGUGAAUGAGCUCAUUCCAGUCAACUCCAGCGUUGGACUGAUAGAAGCUACAGAUGUUGAUUCAGAGCCGCUGUACUAUCGUCUGGAAUCUGCAACAGACAAAUAUUUCCGCCUGGAGAACAUAAACUCUCCAAAGAUCCUCGUUAAAAGCCUCCUGGACUUUGACGUCAUACAGAAGAUCUCUCUGGUUCUACAUGUUCAGGACACGUUCAACGGUUCGGCCUCCAACGAGCCGUUCUUCACCUCCGUCGCCACCAUCACGGUGCACGUGAAGGACGUGGACAACCGGCCGCCGUGGUUUCAGCCGUGUCUCCGGACAAACUUAGCAAUCGCCAAACUGUGUGUGAGCAGCGGCUACCGAGGCAAAGUCAACCUCACCGAGAAGGAGGAGGGUCCGCUGGUUCUGGAGCCCGGUCCGGUGUUCGCCAGGGAUGGAGACAAGAACAGGAGCGAACAGAUCAGCUACAGAAUCCUGCGAGGAAAUGAAGGAAACAUUUUCCAGAUUGAUGAGGAAACAGGAAACAUCACGAUGACUAAAGCUGCAGAUAUAGUUGGACCAAUAACCCUCACAGUUCUGGCCUCACAGGUGACCAACAGAGAUCAGUUUGCGGUGACUCAGGUGACCAUCGAGGUGAUGAAGAAGAGCAGGAACCCUCCUCGCUUUGAGAAGGAGCGAUAUGAAGGAUUUAUCUACAGCAACUCCGUCCCAGAGAGCAUGAUCCUCCGAGACCGGAGCACCAACCGGCCCUUCAGGGUCCGAGCCCGAGACGAGGACUUCGCUGGGGGUGUGAAUCCAGAUGUGAAGUACGAGGUUCAGUACAGCAGCUACGUCAACGUGACCUCUGAUGGUUUUGUGAUCCUGAAGAGAGUUGUGAAGACGGAGUCCUUCGCACUUCAGCUCCGAGCCGUGGAUGCCACAACGGGGGAGUCUGGAACUGCAGCUCUCUCUGUUCAGGUCAUACCAGCCGUGGCCAUCCCGUCUCCGUCAAACGUCGGCUACCGUCCAGGCGACAUGGCGCUGCUGGGUCUGAUCAUGGCGGCUCUGCUGGUGCUUUGCCUCAUCGUGAUUGGCUUCUUGAUUUCCCGCUUGUGGAAGGGAAACGCGAGCAUGGACAAAAUAUGUGAGUGCCUGGGCCCCUGUCUGCGCUCCGACCAGCCCCGGUCCGGCCACCGAGACUCGCUCCAGUACACCAACGACGGAUUCCAGAACGAGGCCGACCCGAGCCGCGGAGGAACCAGGCGCUGGAACAACGUCAUGCCCAGACGCAGCACCUUCCCCCAGCCUCGAGGCCGGGUCCUUCCCAUGGAGAGACGGAGCCGCCACUGCUCCUCCUGCGGCGUCUACACCAACCACGUCCCCAAGGGAAGCCCCUCGGCGAGACCCGCCAGGAGGGGCCGGGGAGACGGGGACGAGUACAGCAUGAGGUCCAUCCUGACCAAGCAGCGGAGGAGGGAGGGCCAGAAGACGGUGUGGUUCAAGGAGAGCGAGGACUCCUCGGACAUCGAGGUGGAGAUCAUCCCCGACACCGUGGGCCGGGUGGAGGAGGAGACGGAGGAGGAGCUGGAGGGGGAGGUGGAGAUGGAGGGUGUAGUCAGAGACCCGGCUGCCCCGCUGAGAGAGUCCAACGGUGGGCAGGAGAACCAGAACACAGAGUCCGGCGAGGAGCAGGACUCUGGAAACGGCAGCUUAGAAAAGGAGAAGGGAAACCAGGAGCAGGAGCGCUGACAGCAGAGGAACUGGACACUGAGCAGAACGCUGUUUGUUUUCUCGUCACUUUGGAUUCUGCAGCCUACAGCAGGCCGGGACGACACGGCAAACAUCUCUGAACAACUGGCAAACCUCAAGAAGGAUCCAAAAAGUAUUUAUCUUCUACUGUGAGUAUCUUAGAAUGCAGAGUCAGUGGGCAUAACUUCAUACAAAAUAGUUUUGAGCAAGGAUACACCACAAGUUAAGAUUUUAUUAUAACACUUAAAUGGAGAUGAUUUGUUUUCCUAGUUCUGGCUAUCAUUUAUGGUCGUAAUAACAUUAUACUCAUUAACCCUUAGAGCUUCAGUAGAAGGCAAAUUGACUUUAUUUUAAGAUUCAAGAUGUAUUAUUUGCCAGACAGUCUAGGUGCUGUGGAAUUCUUGUGCCAGGCUCUCUUGGAGUCGAGGAAAAAAACAAAGUCAAAACAGGGAAUCCAAAAAAUUCCAAAAUGAAACACUCCACAAGAGCAAUAAAAGAUAAAAUGCAAAAAUAUAAUAAAUAAAUCUGAAUGCUACAAGGAAUUAGUAAUGUACCAACAUUUGUCCAGGAAAACACUACCAGUCAAGAGUUUGGACACACCUUCUCAUUCAAUAGUUUUUAUUUAACUAUUUUAUACAUUGUAGAAUAAUACUGAAGACAUCAAAACUAUAAAAGAACACAUAUGGAAUUAUGUUGUAAACAAAAAAGUGUUUAUCUUCAGUAUUAAUCUACAAUGUAGAAAAUAAUACAAAUAAAUAAAAAGCAUUGAAUAAGGUGUGUUCGAGCUAGUGUAUGUAGGGGAUAUUGCACAUAGAUCACGUCAUAAUUUUAUUAUUAUUUUUGGUCCUCUCAUCCAAUAUCCUUCAUUCUGACUGAUUGGUAGAGUUCUAACUACUUUUUCUCCCCCUCAGCUCAAUGACUUGAGGUGUAAAGGUCUGGGAAGGGAUGUCGACGGCAUUGUAUAUUCCAAUUCAGUGACCUCAGUUGUGAAUAUUGCUGCUUUCAAUGUAGAUCCUUUAUUCCUUAGAUGCAGAUUGACGGUUUAUGGCACAUUGUUGCUCAAGGUGGAAUGGUGUAUAAAAAUAUACAGAAUAUAUUCCCCUUGCGCCCCACAAGUUGUGUCCUUUUCCACAUUGUAAGCUGAUCCAUUCCAACCCCACUGUGUUUGGAAUAGCGUCCUCAUCUUCCAAGCAUGAUAUCCCCAUUUUACAAACUGGGAUUCUGAAUGGAUGGUUGGUUUUAUCCUUUUGGGGAUUAAGAGAAAGAAAGACCUGACUGACUGCUGUCCUGUGUUGAGUGGCUGUUUAGUCUCUACAGGUCUGUGGACUCCUCGCUGCAUUGGACUGUAUUUAUGACACUACUUAGCUUGUGUUUGGCCGUUUUAUCCUCAGGGUGAAUCACUUUGUGUCUCAGGGUGUUGCUGGUUCUGAAGUGCACUGCGAUGUUGGAGUUGGAGAAAAUCCUUGCAAGUCUGUCUUUUCUACAUCUCUGCCGAUUUAAUGAAGUCCCAGUUGUGAUGGGUUUUCUUAGGAUGUGUGUGCUUUUUUCUUUUCCCUCUCUCUUGGAAGGGACAGUAGAAGGUUUUGAUGAAGCCAUUGCUUAUUUUCUGGUUGGUAGUGGAAAUCAAAAAGUGGUAUUGGUCUUGAAAUGCUCAGACUUCGGCCUCCUUUAUGUGCGUGGUGCAGUUCCCCAACAUUCUACCUGUGAACUUAGUGUUUCUAUUUGUUGAAUACAAGACUUCUACUUCCUGAGUUGUGAUCUGACCCAGCUGUCGUCCACGUAUCUUAACUAGUGGCUGGGCGUUGUUCCCUAAAGGAGCUCAGUGCUUUGCUUUCCACUUCCUUCAAGUAGAGAUUAGUCAACAUAGAUGACAUUAAAAAAACCCUGACAAAACCGUGCUGUACACCUGCCACUUGUUUGGAUUUGUAGAUGACACCUGGGUCAGAAUUGAAGCCCAAGAAUUUAGAAGCCUUUACAGAACAGAUCAACUCUGGGGGGAAACAAGCUGCCUCUUUUUGGAAUAUAAUGUGCACAUUGAGGAGGACAAAGGCUCAGCAUUGAAAUUCACCAGUAAACCUUCACACAGAGGUCGAUAACUGCUGUUUGAUUCCCACCACCUACUGGAACAAUAACUACUGGAACUUUACAGUACCGGGCUGAGAAUGUCUAUACCAAGAGAAGUGAAGAAAAAGAGCACACACAUCUUAAGAACUGUGGCUAUCCAUGAAUGGACUUUCCGUACGUCCCCUCGCGUAGCCUUAGAUCCUCGGGUGGGUCCCUCCUAGUUGUUCCAAAGUCGAGGCUUAAAUCCAAGGGUGACCAGGCCUUCUCCAUCAGGGUCCCUCAGCUUUGGAACGACCUGCCUGAGGAGAUAAGGCUUGCCCAAUCACUAGAUUGUUUUAAAUCACUUCUUAAAACACACUUUUAUAGACUCGCCUUCCUGUAAAGUUCUUUUCUUUCUCUUUCAUCACUAUGUUCUACCUGUCAAAGCACUUUGUGAAUGUUCUUCUGAAAGGUGCUAUACAAAUAAAGUUAUUGUUAUUAUUCAUUAUGUCAUGAGACCUAGAAAAGACAGCACACUAGAGACGAAAAGAGUAACUGGAGGAACAACAUCGUCAUACUGCAUUUGGCUAGAGUGUUGAAAAAACUUCUUUCCAAACACAGAAGAAUAAAACAGACAAACACAAGUUGAACAGUGUUGUAUCUGCAGUCCAAUGUAGUAAGGGGUGCACAGACUAAAACCCACUUAACACAAGAGAGCAGCUCCUCUGGACAACACUCACCCAUCCACCUGCAGCUACAAGAGACAAGUAAUCAAAGUCCACAUUCUGGAAAGAGAAGACAGACGGUUUGAGAGGAGUAAAGGCAGCCAUCUCGAAACAAAGGAGGGUCUAUGGCACCACUUACCAGGUACUUACAAUGCAGUCCUGACAUCCAAACCCAGGCAGUUUCACCACCAUUAACACCUUGAGUCGUGUGGAUUGGGGGUGAAAAUAGAAGCCUAGAACUUCCUACUAGUCAGAGCUGAGGAAGCCUCUUGGAUGAGAGGAAAAAGGUCUUCAAGAACUAAAAAGUAGUCAAUCUGCCUUCUACUGAAUCACCAAGGACUACCAUGACCUGGAUCACUGAGAGUCUACAGACAUGUAUUAUGUAUGAAUAGUUUUCUUUAUUGAAUUCCCAGGAAGUCCACUAUUAUAGACUACCUACCCACCUACCAUAAUAGAUUUUAUCCUCAUCACCUGCUCCUACGUUGUCACCUGCAGUCAGGUGAGUGAUUUUUGUCUGCAGUGAAACUCCACUGUGGUGCUGUCAUGAUUUUCUGCACACAUUCUGUACGAGCUUUACUAAACUGAACAAGUGUCUGGAUUUUAUGGUGAGAAAUGCAUGUGAGGACAGACUUCAUCUACUGAGUACUAAACAGCUGAAAGGACUUUCUAUGUGGACUGUAUUUUAUCGAGGAUGUUGGUUAAAAUAACUACUUUUGUGGGGAACUUUGCGGUUAAUGUAUAGUUGACAUUUUGUACAUUUAAAUGAUGUUUGAGGGAAUAAUAAAGUUUGAGUCUAGG